AUGGUAAAAAAAAUUCCUCUUUGUCGCCGAACAAAUAUUCGAUCUUUGGCAUAUGCUAUGGAUAUGUCAACGUCAACUAUUUUUCGACGCAUCAAAGAAGGAGCUAUAAGGCCACAUACCAAUGCCAUAAAGCCUCAUUUGACGGAGGAAAAUAAGAAGGCAAGACUUCAAUUUUGUCUAUCAAUGAUUGAGUCUGGUACGCUAAAUUCAAAUCCUAUAUUUUCAGACAUGUUUAAUUAUGUUCAUAUAGAUGAAAAAUGGUUCUUUAUGUCGAAAAAAUCUGAAAAGUUUUAUCUUCUUCCUGAAGAACAAGAGCCAAACCCAUAUAGAUCUUGUAAAAGUAAAAAUUUCAUAACAAAAGUUAUGUUUAUGGUUGCUGUUGUGCGCCCUAGGCUUGCUAAAGAUGGAACUGAGUUAUUUUCAGGAAAAAUAGGAAUAUUUCCUUUUGUGUUCAAGGAACCCGCCAAAAAGAAUAGCAAAAACAGAGUAGCUGGAACUUUAGAAAUAAAGCCUAUUUUAUCAGUCACUAAAGAUGUCACUAGGACUUGUUUAAUUGAAAAAGUUCUUCCGGUGAUUCGAUCAAAAUGGCCACUUUCGCAGUCAAAUACUCCUAUUUUUAUCCAACAAAAUAAUGCGAGACCUCACCUUAGUGUUAAUGACUUGCAAUUUACCGAAGUUGCUCGGCAAGAUGGAUUUGAUAUUAGGCUUUGCUUUCAACCUCCUAACAGUCCAGAUUUAAAUGUUUAG